GCACAGCUUGCAGAAUAUAAGGACAAGGGUGCGGGUGCUCAGGUUCCAGCUCCUUCAGACGCCCAGCAAGCCUCUGUUUGCCCUUGAAACUUUUCCACCCUGGAAAUACAUAGAAACACCAUGUUGUAUUGGCACAAUCAGACUGAGCAUUACUGGCCAGCUCAAACAGAGCAUUACCACCAGUAUGUCACCACGAAUGGAGGACGUGACAUGCUGCCGUUACCUCUCUUCAAGCAUGAAGACUCUGCUCUUUCUUCAGACCAUGACGCUAGUGCCAUCACCUUCCAGUACGUCCUGGGUGCAGCCACAUCACCUGCUGUGAAACUGCAUGAGGAGACACUCACUUACCUUAACCAAGGUCAAUCAUAUGAGAUCCGUAUGAUAUGCAAUCAAAAUAUGAGGGGACUGUUGGAACUGAAUGGGAAGAUGCUGAAGAGUAUAGUAAGGGUGGUCUUUCAUGACAGGCGCUUACAGUACAGUGAACACCAACAGUUCCAGGGCUGGAAGUGGAGCAGACCCGGAGACCGACUACUCGAUAUCGAUAUUCCUCUGUCAGUUGGAAUUGUCGACCCGCGAGUAAACCCCACGCUGCUGAAUGCUGCGGAGUUUUUCUGGGACCCAAAGAAACAAACCUCUGUCUCCAUUCAGGUUCACUGCAUCAGCACAGAAUUCACCCCCAGGAAAAAUGGUGGCGAGAAAGGGGUCCCCUUCAGAAUUCAGAUUGACACCUUCAAGCUAAGUGAGAACGGAGACUACACCGAGCAUCUGCACUCAGCGAGCUGUCAGGUUAAAGUGUUUAAGCCCAAAGGUGCUGACAGGAAACUGAAAACUGAUAAGGAGAAGAUAGAGAAACGGUCUCCACAGGAGAGGUCCAAGUACCAGCCAGCGUACGAAACCACGGUGCUGACUGAGUGUUCUCCCUGGCCUGACACCCCACCCUGUACAAAUGUUAGCCCAGCUGGAAGCCCAGGGUAUAGCCCAGCAUCACCAAUUCCAUUCAACAUCCCAGAAGGGAGCUGUUCAUCUCCAAACCAUCAGGUGGAUGGAUCAGUACAGAGCACGAUGGAGCAUCUGUCACCAACGUUAACAAUUCAGGAAACGCAACAAUGGCUUCAUUUACAUCGAUUCACACCCUUUUGUAAACUCUUUGCAAAUUUCUCAGGGGCCGAUCUACUUAAACUCUCACGCGAUGACAUCAUUCAAAUUUGCGGGCCAGCAGACGGAAUCAGACUCUUUAACACACUGCGACUGAGGUCCAUUCGGCCGCGCCUCACCAUUUACAUGUGUGAGGAGCCCACUCAGGGAAAGGAGAAAGAAGAUUGCCAGGACUCCCCCAAUGCUGCCAUGUGUGUUUACAAGGAAAUCUACUUGGAAGAUCUAACCAAAGCUGAACUAACCAACAAGUUGGCAGCUCUCUUCAGCAUCUCACCGAGCCAGAUCCUUCAGAUCUACAGACAGGGAGCAGCUGGGAUCCAUAUCCUGGUUGGGGAUCAGAUGAUUCGAAAUCUUCCAGAUGAAUCCAGUUUUAUAAUUAACUCGCUGAAAGUGGACAGCUUAGGUGGCUACUACAUGAUUUUAAAAUAGGAAACAGGGAGCUGUUGCGUCUGAAAAAGAAUGAAAUCGGUGAAGUUGUGAACUUUCAUCUUUCACUCCGCGAGCAACAGGAGCGUAGAUCAACCUAAAUUAUUGCACAAACAGCAACUGAUACCACAGAGCGGUACUUCCACCACUGUCACGUCAUUGAGCUGGACAGCAAGACUCAUCUGAUGCUUGCUUUGGGAGCAUAAGACGAUGCAUGAUAAGAUAUCAAAUUCUUCCAACAUCUGCUUGGGUGAAUCAUUGACUAUAAGACAGACGUAACAAAACAAACACAGAAAAGUCAGUGAAAUGAUAUUCCUACGACAGUACAGCUCAGAGCCAAAACCUAUGUUUCAUUUCUAAAAUGAUCCUGUGGAGGUGUGCAUGUCCUUUCAGUGGAUAUCAGAAUGCAAUCACCUCCAGAUUGGGGGUGGGGGUUGCGGGGGCGGGGGGGGGG